GUACACAACAGAAGUACGGCAGUUUCCUGGUGUGUUUUGAUGCAAUAAUUAUGCUGGGGAAAGGUAGUCUGCGUACUUAGAAAUCCCACAUCCCGACAAUAUGUUACAUGUUUUACAGUGCUGUGAUCGGGUGACAUCUUGUCAAUAUGGACUGUUUGUACACACGCACUAUUUGAUUUGAGACAGCUGUCUCUGGCCCUAUUGAUUUCUCUCUUCGGACGACACAGUGUUCGGGCUGCGCGGAUUACAGUGAACAAUAUCGACAGAUCCAUGCUCGGAACAACCAGAAUACGACAUGGACGACGGUGAAGCUCAGCUCCUCACACACAACAUCGGGGCACUGCGCGAAGCCGUUCGUCUGAACGAUGUUGCCAAAACAUUGCGGUGGUUUGAAUCACAUCCUUCCAUCAUCACAAACCUUACUGAAAUAAGCGACAACGUGCUGAACAAGCUUGUGUACAUUUUUAUAGAAGCUGUCCAACGGAACGGAGUAGAUGUGUUCGGGGUCAUGCUGAAGUACUUGUUCCCUGGUAUGACGCGUCGAGAUACAGAGCACACUCAUCAGAAGCUACACGUAUUGGUACAUGCACUGAUUGCUGAUGGCUCCUUGCCCUGUCUCACCGUCUUUCUUCAUGAAGGCCACGACGUGAACGCAGUGGACCCUGGUGGUAUGACGAUGCUUCUGUAUCUUGCCUACAAGAAAGGUAUCUCUCGAGUGAAAGAUUAUAAAGAGAAGCUUCACUUUCUGAUCUCCCAGGGCGCCGAUGUGAACAAAGAAGGCGAGCGGACCUGGGCUCUUGCACCACUUCAUACGGCCGUGUUGUACAAUUCGGGAGCAACAUUAGUUCGUCUGUUGAUUGAAUCGGGGGCCGAUGUCAAUUUGCAAACCAACAAUUCGCUUUGUACACCAUUGUAUUUUGCAGUUGAUCGGGCAAUGCCAAACAUAGUUAAUCUCUUAUUUGAAAAUGGUGCAGAUCCAUGUAUUGGUGAUGUACUUGGGGACACGCCUGUACACAUGGCUGCUGUUAGACAAACUAAAGGUGACGAUUUGCUUCGCAUGUUUGUUAAAUGGAACGCUCCAAUGAAUACUGUAGACUCCCGUGGGCGUACACCUCUCCAAUGGGCGCUCUCUAAUUGGAAGGCGGUCGGGACAAGACGGAUACUGCUGUUGAUGCAAGCAGGGUGUCGAUGUGACAGAACCAGAUUGCACAGGUUCCGAAACCAAACGGCAGUAAAACCUAAAUAUAGGGACAGGCUGUCCAGAUUGGAGGACAUGUUGGAGAUGUACUUCUUCCAGCCGAGAAGCCUUCAAGACAUCGCAUGUUUCCGAAUACGAGACGUCCUUGGUAGACACUUACCGAAGUUAGUUAUACAAUUGCCUAUACCCGACCCAAUCAAACGACGAGUAAAACUCGAACACUAUUUUGGAAGACUGGAGUAAUGUGGUUUAAGGUGUUAUUUAGAGAUAGUUUAGUGCCAGCGGACGCACCCGUGCGACGGAUACACCCAGCUAGCGGAUGAUCUCAGAUGUGGUGACUUGGAUGUUUACGCGUGAUUUUACACCGACGACCUGGAUCGUUGCGCUCAAUAUCGGUCACUUGAUUGUCUGGUCCAGACUCGAUUAUUUACAGCCCGUCGUCAUAUAGCUGAAAUAUUGCUUAAUGCCGCGAUACGUGAUACACACGCGUAUUUCGUUGAUAGUCGUGUAAAUAUAUCACCAUAUGAGGUAGGUAUGGUGUUUCAAUUCGCUAAACUUUGUAAAGUUGAUCACCCAUCGACUUCUAAAUGAAUAAAUGCUUCGUAUACUUCAGACACGAGGAAAGGGUACCCGGAUUCGUGUAUUGGUGACUGCUCUACACAUUCUAAAUAAAUUUCCGUGAAACAAAUGUAUGCAUGCAAUUGCUACGGUGAAAUGGGGAUGUAUUUAAUGGUAUUGCUACAUCAACAAGAGACAUUUCAGAUAUCCCUCUGUUUGUCAAUGACAGCAACCGCAAAAGGGAAUGAAUGAAACAGAGCUUGAAGGCAGAGACCACUUUAAGUCACUAUAUUACAUACAUGUAUAGUUUAACACCGUUCAGUGAAGUGACCAUAACAAGAGGAAUUCUACGCUUACAUUUGGUUGUCCGAUGCAAUGUUGUUUUCCUGGGUUCAUGUUGGUCCUGGCUCCCAGGCAUGUUUUUGCGGUCACCGCGUAACUGUCGUGUAUGGGACUGCUCCAUCUGAAGCCAGUUUAUCGCCUCGAAUCACAGAUAUGAAAAAUCGUUCAACAUACGGCAUUAGUUAUCAAUGAAAUCCCAUUUUGCGACAUAUCUCCUAUUGCGAUUAUUUCACAAUACUCUUUUAACUGGCGUCGCAGUAUUUCUCAUAUCAAUUUCUGAUUGAGACAGUAUGAUUGAUUAAUUGGAACACAAGCGUUGACUGGUGUCUUUUGAUAUAGUCAAGAAACGUGAAGUCUUAGUGCCGUCCUCUAUAAAAAUGGUAUUUAGAUGUAGUUUGUAGAGAUUACAAUUUUCUUGUAAUACUAUCCAGUGACUUCAUUUUGUGUCUUUUAACGCACUGUUCAGUAAUAUUCCGGGUGUAUCACAUCGACCUGUACAUAAUCGAAUCCAGACAAAACCAGACCAACCACUGAUUGACCCGUGCAACAUCUGCUGCGGUGCAUCCAUGACAAUAUUUCAAACCAAGUCACUUAGUCUGAAAACCGGGUCCAUUUAGACGCCUCGAUCACCAAGCAUAACUUUCUUUGGACCUGUUUUACUCCGAAAUCGCCACCAGGGAACCAUGAUCGGACGUCACGUCACUUCACGUCCAUAUUAAGAUCGCUGUGACGUUAUUGAAAUCUGUAAAUAUUUUUUCCUCUGUACCUCACUAACGUCGAAUGUAACAAUAUCAGUUCUUUUCCACAUACCCAGUGAACAAUUUAAUAACAAUCACUCACUUGCAGGAACUGUGUUUUGUGCUUUUGUUUUAUUUACAUAUCGCC